UUUCCUGGAUAAAAACCCACCGUAGAUCCCUUAUCAACACAUCCCUCACCCACUAACACAUCAACAAAAUGUCUCUCGGAAAGACCGUCACUCUCAACUCCAACGCUAUCGUCCCCCAGAUUGGUCUCGGCACCUGGUUGUCGAAGCCUCAUGAAGUCGAAAACUCUGUCGAGAUCGCCAUCCGCAACGGAUACCGCCAUCUCGACCUCGCUCGUAUCUACGAGAACCAGCACGAGGUCGGCGCGGCCCUCAAGAAGGUCAUCCCGAGCGUAGUCAAGCGCGAGGACCUUUGGAUCACGUCCAAGGUCUGGAACUCUGCCCACCAGGAGGCAGAGGCCUACAAGGAACUCGAUGAGACCCUCAGCCAAAUUGGCACUGACUACUUGGACCUGUAUCUCAUCCACUGGCCAGUAGCUUUCCAGCCCGGACGUGGCCUGUUCCCCAAGUCGACCCCCGAUGCCAAGGAGAUCGACCUCGACACGGAAACUUCGCUGGUCGACACAUGGAAGACCUUGAUCAAACUCCAGAAGACCGGAAAGGUCAAGAACAUCGGUGUCUCCAACUUCACCAUCGAGCACCUCGAGGCGAUCAUCACGCACACCGGCGUUGUCCCCUCCGUCAACCAGAUUGAGGCCCACCCUCUCCUUCCUCAGGACGAGCUCGUCGCGUACUGCAAGGAAAAGAACAUCCACAUUACCGCAUACAGUCCCCUCGGCAACAACCUGGUCGGCAAGCCCAAGCUGACGGACUACCCCGAAAUCCAGGAGGUUGCCAACAAGCUCAACGCAACGCCCGCCCAGGUCCUGAUCGCAUGGGGUGCUUACCGCGGCUACACCGUCAUCCCCAAGUCCGUCCAGGAGUCGCGUAUCAUCUCCAACUUCAAGCAGAUCGAGCUCAGCAAAGAGGACUACGAGAAGGUCACCGCCGUCGGUGUUAACAACCACCUUAGGUUCAACAUUCCCGCAGGAUACAGCCCCAAGUGGGACAUCAACCUCUUCAACGAGGAAGUUGAGAAGAGCUCCAAGAACAAGCCCAAGCUCGUCUAAGCUUGCACUUGUGACUAGCUCGCGCUGCUUGCAUAUUUCCGUCGAUAACCUAGAAGUAAUAUAUCAAGAUGAAAACAAUGUAUUACCACUGUAUCAAUGACGAGACACUAUCUGAUUGACC